UAAGUAGUUUGAAUUGAAGCUGAGUGCGUUGUUUUUUGACAAAAAUAAACAAAUUUUUUACCACAAAAUAUGCCCAAAAGACGGGGAGGAGACGAGGAUUCGCAGAGCGGCAUGCAAACUGCCCGAGGACGCCUAAAGGGGAUUCUGCAGGAUUUAGCUGGACAGAGUGACGAUGAGGACACUCCAUCCCGCCACAAUUCCUCCAGCGGAAGCCCCCGGAAGAAAAUCAGCAAGAAAGAUGCUUCAGUGGUGCCUCAAGUUCAGCAUUCGUACGUGAUGAAGCUCUUUGACCGGAGCGUGGAUUUAGCUAAAUUCGACGAUCGGACUCCUCUGUAUCCCAUUUGCCGGGCCUGGAUAAGAGGAGCAUCAGGACUUCAGAAGAGGAAUCGAGGAUUUGCUCAGAAGAAGACACGCCAGUACUAUGAGCACAAAGUGGACUUGCUGUCCAUCAUCAAGGAAGACAAGCACAAGGAAGUCCUGGUGGAUCUCCUUCCACCGCCCGAGAAGAAGCGCGUCAGCCGAAUUCCUGAUUUACUGCCCUGCCAAGAGGAUUUGGACAAGGACAACGUCAAAAUUGACUAUGAUCUCGAUGACCCACCGAUGACCAAGGAAGAGAUACUCCAGGAGAUGAUACCGCGUUGGAAGAACGUAAGGACCAAUUGGAUGAAUCAGGCCAAAAAGGCAGAGGCGCGCUACGAGAAGAGCCUGCAAAUCAUCGAUGCACUCUUCCAAACUCCCGAAGGCGAGGAAGAAUAAUGCAGAAGAAAUGGCAUAAAAUGUAUUCUUUGAGGCAAAAACAAAUAAUAAUACAGAAAAAUUUAAGUAGAACA